AUGUCACAUAAAAGCUUGAAGGAAAUCAGGAAAGUAAACAUUUCUAGCUCCUUGGAGUCAGAAGAUCUUAGCUUAGAAACCACAAUCCCAACCGAUGAGGUUUCUUCCUCUGAAGAGAGAGAAGGGACUGUUAAAAUCACUAAGGAGAUGAUUGAACGGAAAGAGUUGCUCCAUAAUCUUCAGCGGCUUAAAAUAGAAUUAUCCCAAAAAAACUUGUUGAUUAGCAACUUGAAAGUAGAAUAUUUGACCAAGAUUGAAGAGCUGGAAGAGAAGCUUAAUGAUGCAACCCAUCAGAAGCAGCUGUUGUCUUUACGGCUGGAUAGUCAGCUGGCAUUACAACAAGAUGAAGCUAGGAAACACCAGGCUCUAAUGAAACAAGAAAUGGAAACUGUUUUAUUGAGACAGAAGGAACUGGAGGAAAUGAACCACCAGUUAAGGGAGAGGGCUGGAGAUAUCCGCCGUAGCUUGCGAGACUUGGAAUUAACAGACGAUUGCUAUGAGAAGCUGAAGUCUCUUCCUGAAGACCAGCUUUCUAUCCCUGAAUACGUUUCUGUGAAAUUUCACGAGCUGAUUGACAGAUAG